GAGGAGAGGACAGAGGGAGGGGAUACAAAUAUUGACCAGGAUAUCCCUCUGCUCUUUGAAUUAUUCCUUGUGGUAGUCAACCCCAUCAGGUAUGGAUCCCAGUCGUGAGGGCGACCGAAGAGGUGGUGUCCUCAACACCACAGAGACUGUUGUAAACCCCAUGGACAUACCGAAUAAUGCCAGUCCGCUGCUUCUCCAGAAUGAAUCGACACCAUUGGAUAUUAUGAUGGGAUUUAUACCCGGAUCUAACCAAACACCAGGACAGGACCAAGACAAUGGGGAUUCGCUAUCUCAGCAACCGAAAGGGAGUCCAACUUUCAAGAUGUCCAAGAUGCCAGAGAACUCAGUGGAAUCACUCUUCCUCCAAGCAACAGAGAGGGGAGACCGUAAGGCUAUCAUCUUCGCUCUCGAAAACGCUCCAGACCUCAACGUCAAUUGCACAGAUGCAGAUGGAAAUUCCGCCUUGGUCAUAGCAAUACAAAAUGGAAAUUCAGAUAUAGUAAAGUUAUUAUUGGAUCAUAAUAUUCAACUCGGUGAUAGUUUAUUACGUGCAGUAGAUGCUCAAUUUACCCAGGGUGUACGACUCAUAUGCGAUCAUAUAAAGAAGAAAAAUAUUCCAGAAGCGUUGAAUUGCAAGGCGCUAAAUGGUGAUUUUCACCCCGACGUCUCGCCGUUAGUCCUGGCUGCUCAACACAACCAUUUCGAUGUGAUCAAGAUCCUCCUGGAGGCAGGAGCCAGGAUAAAGGACCCUCGGGAGUAUGUGGACCAAAGUGAGGUCCACACCCUGGAGAACUCUGUUGGUAUGCUCAAUCUAUACAAGGCCUUGGCUAGCCAGUCUUAUAUUUCUCUGACGUCAUCAGAUCCGUUCAAUACUACGUUUGAGCUGUGUGCGAAACUACGGAAACUGAUGAGGACCAAAUACGAGUUCUGUGACCAGUUCCAGGAACUAGCAGACCAGUGUGAGCAGUUCGCUGCUGAUCUACUGGACCAGGUACGAGAUUCGGGUGAGCAGGCCUACAUCUUAAAUCACGACUCGUACGGCUGGGGUAACCCAAACUCAACCCUUGCCACCGAACAGCCCAACAGAGUCAAAGCAGCCAUUCACUUUGAACAAAGAAAGUUUGUAGCCCACCCUCACUGUCAGCAGCGGUUGAUCGAGCGCUGGUACGCUGGGCUGCCGGGCUGGCGUGACAUGAACGCGUUCAGGUCCGGUCUUCUUGUUUUCCUGAUCGGCCUGGGUUUCCCCCUCCUAUCCAUAGCCUAUAUCAUCUACCCCCGGGGGCGGUACCGGGACUUCCUAUCAAUACCCUACGUCAAGUUCGUCUGUCAUACGUCAUCCAUGAUCUACUUCCUCCUCCUGCUCCUCUACCAAACGAUGGCGGAGAACCAGGUUAGAACGGAGACGGAUACGUUGAUAGACGGUAACGGGACGACCACGGCGACGAAGGCCAUCGAUUCCAGGUCGGAGCCGCCGACGAUAACCAUGUUACUCAUCGUAGCAUGGGUAGCAGGUUAGUCUAUGUAGAGAUGCCCCCCCCCCU